AACAUGAGUGUGUAAGAUAAAUGGCCGUCAUUCAGUGUAACGGUUGGUACCAGAUCAGACUAUAGUGAUGCAGCAGUAGCAUUGCGAAGAAUCGGGUCGUGAUAUAAGUUACUGUCUUCAGGAUCAUGAAGGUGUUCGUGAGAAGCCGACCGACCGCCACUUUUGCUCAAGAGCUCAUAGAAAUCCUCCCCGAUGGAAAAACGGUGCAGAUCCACCAGAGCAAAGGGAGGCGGUGUGGAGGAUACCACGCCCCCAGCUCCUGGUGCUUCCAGCUGGACGGGGUGCUGCACCUCCUGUCCCAGGAGGAGGUGUACGCCAGGGUGGGCCAGGAGGUGGUUUUGGGGGCGCUGGACGGGUACAAUGGUACGGUCUUGUGUUUUGGCCAAACAGGCGCAGGAAAGACCUACACCAUGACGGGCACCACCGAGUCCUACCGCCAGCGAGGGAUCAUCCCCCGCGCGGUGGAACAGGUGUUUCAGGAAGUGGCGAAGCGCAGCGACCAGAUCUUCUCUGUCCAGCUGUCCUACCUGGAGGUCUACAACGACACCCUGACGGACCUGCUGUCCACACUGGCCGGGCCCCAGCACCUGGCCCCCCGGGGCCCAGUGCCCCCCCGGCCGGGUCUUGCGUUGAUGGAAGAGCCCGGUGGGCGGGUGUCCAUCAGGGGUCUGUCCCUGCACCCCGUCCAGAGCAAGGAGGAGGCCCUGGACCUGCUGUUUGAGGGGGAGCUGAAUCGCAUCAUGGGAGCUCACGCUAUGAACAACCACUCCUCCAGGUCCCACUGCAUCUUCACCCUACACAUACAGUCUCGCUCCAGGUCUCUCUCUGGCACCACGUUCCUGCGCUCCAAGCUGAGCCUGGUGGACCUGGCCGGGUCGGAGCGCCUGGGUAGGACUGGGGGGGCGGGGCAGACGUUGCGGGAGGCGACACACAUCAACAAGUCUCUGUCCUUCCUGGAGCAGACCAUCCUGGCCCUGGCGGACCCCCGCAGAGACCACGUCCCCUUCAGACAGAGCAAGCUCACCCACGCACUCAAACACUCCCUGGGAGGGAACUGCAACACAGUGCUGGUGGCCAACAUCUACGGAGAGGAGACGCAGAUGGACGAGACGCUGUCCACGCUGCGGUUCGCCAGUCGGAUGAAGAGCGUCAAAAGCCAACCGUCCAUCAACCAACACGUUGACCCUGCAUUGGAGGUGAAGAGGCUCCAGAAGGAAGUGGAGAUGCUGAGGGAUGAGCUGUCCAUCCAGAAUCUCCUGGUGAAUGGAGGGGGGGCGAGGUACCAGCCUCUCUCCAAGGCCCAACAGGCUGAACUCCAGGACCAGGUGCAGAGGUACCUGGAAGGAAGUCUUGAGGCCAUCAGUGUGGUCAGUGUCAGACAGCUGCAGGAGGUCUUCUCUCAGUUCAGACUGGCUGUGCAAGAGCAGGAGCAGAGAGUGAAGGCCAAGCUCUCUCAGACCUACACGCUGGUGGAGAGAGGCCGGGCCGACGACUCAGCCAAUCCCAAGGAGGAGGAUGAAGUGGAGGAGGAAGAGGAGGAGGAGGAGGAGGAGGAGGUGGGCGGCAGCCGCAGGGUGGGGGGUAUGACCGGCCGCGCCCGAGUCAAGAGCAAACGCAAGAAGGCUAAAGAAGCCCCGCCGAGCCGGGGGAAAAAGCCUGGAGCCGCGAGUCCUGUUCAUGGGAAGGCACUAGAGACCAGAUCCAGUCCCAGGAUACAUCCUCCUCCCCAGACCCCUGAGGACGAACCGGACCCCCCCGACCAGGAAGUACAGGAAGCACCACCUCCAGAGGCAGAGCCAAUCAGGACAGACUCCCCCCCCACCAAGGCCCAGGCCUUCGAGGAGUUCAAGGCGUCGGGCGGGGCCGGCCUCCACCGCCUCCUGCGGAGCAACAAGGAGGUGCUGCAGGAGCGCCGCGCCCUCCUGCACCUCCUCGGCCAGGAGCUCAACGCCGCCAAGAGGGACAUCGACGCGGCGGCGGAGGACGUCCAGCGGCACCGCCACGCUCACGGCCGGCUCCGGGGGUCCGAGGAGACCCAGGACGUGGAGGAGGCCCUGGUGGGCCGUCUGGGGGCCCUGAGGACGCGGUACCGCCAGCACCACGACCAGCUGGGCCCCGCGAGGGCCGAGGUCCGCUACUGCCAGCACCUGGUGGACCGCUGCAGGGUCCGCCUGCUCUCAGAGUUUGAGAGCUGGUACCCCAACUCCUUGCUGUCGCCCCGGGAGGUCCCGGAAAGGGGUUCGAUCACGCCUGGGCUCGUACCCCCGGACCGCUCUCCCUCCCUGGGCGACGAGGAGCGGCGUCCUUGUGAGCACGUCCAGAGCAGGCGAGGCGAGGGGCCCGGCGCCGUGGCCUUCUACAACGCCCACCGCCGGAGCCUCAGACGGAUGAAGAGCAGAAGACCUCCAGGAACUCUCCCAAAUACACUUCCCACCACGGUUCUCCCCUUUGCCUAGGGGACCAGAUUUUUGUGCAGACCAUCGAACACAAUAAAAAAGUUGCAGUAUUCCUUUGAAAAGCUCUUAUCUGAACAAAAGACACAAUGCGGUGAAUCGGCUUAUUAAAUGAAAAGUAAAAUUUAUUAUUCCUGAACCACAAAAUAGACUUCUUUGGUUGUACAAAUCCCCUAGUUACAGUCUGGUAUGAGCUCUACACAUCCACCCCAUAAUAUCUCUGCCCCGCCCCCCUCCCACAGAGAACAGAUGAACAAACACAGCAUUAAAAAGGUGAAUCCCAACGUGUUGGAGAAAGCGUUACCUACUCAACUAUAAUAUUUAUAUAAAAAAAAAAGACAUUCACGAAUGUUUCCAACCAAAAACUGAAUCUCAGUCAGCUCAACAUGGAAA